UUUUUGUUAUCCUGAACACUUGUGGGGUGAUUUCAGGGGAAAAAGAAAACCUUUCUGGGGUGUCUUGUUCAACAGAUUCACUCUGCUUGUUUUUUUGAGUAUUCACUCCUUUCUCCACUCUAAUAACCUAUAUAUAUACACAUUAUAUACACACAAGUGGUAUUGGCAAGGAUCUCUAUAAGAAGAGGUCAUAAAAAUGGAAAAAAACAAAACAAGACAAAACCAAUGCAAAUGCACUGCCCCUUUUUGUCUCCAGAACAAGAAUGGUGGUCACUUCACUGCUGCCUCCUUCUCCGCUCACUUGAAGAGUGUGCUAUAUGGCCUUACGGGAAAGCUGGCCUCUAUAAACAUCCUUCGAUCUUCGUUCAUCACAUGGGCAUACGACAAAUCGGACUGUACCGACUCUCUCAAGGUUUCCUUGGCAUCUGCGCUCAGGCAUUCACGUAAACAAGCACAAACUACGUAUGAUCGGCGCACAGCAAAUCAGAAGAAACGGCUGGCAGUUGACUUGGCCAGAGAUUACGCAGAGGGCCGUCUCGACGAAGAGGAAGAUGCGACUGCUGAGCAACCAGAAGAGGGUUGUGCGGAUGUAAACAGGGGCGAUUUCAUGGCCGUUGUCACAGAGGAGAGCACCUAUCAGAAUCCAAAGGUUUUUAUUGGCCAGGUCCAGUCCAUAAGAGAAAGAGAGGCAACGCUGUUGUAUUACAAACACAUAGGCACCAACUUGUAUAAGCUUGAACUCUCAGGUGAAGAGUGGAAAGAAGGCAUCGACAGCCUUGUUCCUGUACAAUUGCAAGCCACCAAAAAGCGAGCCGGCGUCUACAAACUCAUGACUUCCACUCGUACCAUCCACAAGGCAGUCAAAGACUAACUCUCUCCGUGCAGUCUUACAGUCAAGCUCCGAGCAGUGAAAAACCAUCUGAUUUCCCAAAAGCAGUUUCACUUCCCAAAGACCAGAAUCAAUUCGCAAAAGUUCACAUCCCAAUUUUUUUCCUCAAAAUCUUGUGACCUGCAUGAGAGCUUGACUGAAAGUUGCAUGUUUUCAAACAAGAGGGCCUAACAGAAUAAGAAUAAUUUAGUUGAAGAUAAAUGUUAUCGUCAUUACCGAGACAGGGUACCGAUAAUUUCUCAGUCGUUCCAUGAAUUCGUUGUCCCAGUUUCCCAAAUGCAAGUGAAUGAGAGGUUGAUUUAAUAUGUAGCUUUAGUGACUUGGAAUGACAUCACCUCAAUCAUUUGAGCCAGUAAUUGCUUUAUUGAGCCAGUUAAAUUGACUCCACAUGUACAAAUGCAAAUGACAAUGAUAUUAUUAUUCUUAAUUGGAACAAGGGCGAUUUUUGCAUGAAGUGAAAUUCAAAAUUCUAUGCAUAUCUACAAAUUCUGUAGAUGCUUGGCCCGUCAAUGGAAGUGAGGCUGAUGUCCAUUCCUCCCUUUGAUGCAAAUGGCAAGUAUUAAUACUGGUAGUGUAGCAGCUCUCAUAACUUGCUUUUCUUUGGUAUUGUAAGCAGCUUCUAUUGUUUUGAAGUCUAAGUCAUUGCUUCAAUUGUUUGGUCUUUUGUUUUUGGCUAGGGUAGCAACCCAAUCAUAUUAUACGCUACAAGAGAUGCCACAUUACCCAUUAAAACUGCCAGACCAGCCCUCUAUAUAGGGCACACAUGAAAUUUCCAGUUUUGAACUGGGCUAAUGAGACCUCCUCGGCUCACAAAUUUUUGUUUCAAGAUCGAUUGUUUAUCCACUCGUGCACUCUUUUCAGUGAUUAGGAAGCCUCUGAAAGAUAUUAAGUAAACAGUGGUUGAGCCCAUAAGGUCUUUGCUGUCAUUUACUCUUUUUAAAACUUGCUUUUUGUAUUCACAGUUUCAAAACUUUCCGACGCACAGAGCAGUGCUGCAAUCAAAUGACUUAAUUCUCAACAAAAAAGGCCAAUAAAUACUCAGAUACUUGCUGAUUGAUAAACAAUUUUACUCUAUAAAAAUUAUUGUCCAGCCAAGAAACAUGAGAGAGCUCAUGCAGGCCUCAAAACUUAAUGGGAGACUUAAUGGAUUUCUGGCUUUAUUAGACAUAAUAUUGGUACUGUCAAACAAAUGACAUGAAAUUAAUAUCACCAGAGUUGCAAUUAUUAGGAGAAAGGCAGGAGAUAGGAAACUUAAUACCUGUGCCCUAUAACUAUGGUAACAGGAGUUACUGAGCAAGACAAUAAUCUUCAACUUAAUAUUACGAGAAAUGAUAAUUUCAAUAAUUAGCUUUCUAGUUGUUGUUUUCGGAAGGUUAAUUCUGAAUGAAGAGUGCUUUUUGUGUUCUGCACAGACACUAGCAGUUGAAUAAUGUUGUUUACACAUUAAAGAUUAUUGACAGGAAAUUUAAA